CCAAAAGCACACGGAGCCGGGUGUCGCCUCGCUCCCCCUCCUCUCGUCCUCACAAGUCGCGAGGAGUCGAGAGGUGAGCGGCAAUGGCGGGCGUCGGCUGCCACUUCCUCCUCUCCCUCUCCCCGCCGCUCUACUCCAUACGCCGUCCCGCCGCCGCCCACCGCCCGGCCAAAGCGCGAUCCCAUAUCAGCUGUUGCUCGAGGCACGACGACGCAGAGGCAUGUUCAACAAGCAAGCCCUUGACCAAUGGCAAGGAAGAAGAAAAAACCACUCCUUCCAGACGAAAAUGCCUUGCUUGCCUAUGUGCUGUGACAUUAAUCAGUGCAUCAGGUCCAACAAUGCUUACACCAAACGGACUCGCUUCGGAUAUGAUGAGCAAGCCUGCUGUAUGCCGGAAUUGCAACGGUAGCGGUGCUGUAUUAUGUGACAUGUGCGGCGGCACUGGAAAAUGGAAGGCCCUCAACCGAAAGAGAGCAAAAGAUGUCUAUCUAUUCACAGAGUGCCCAAACUGCUACGGCCGAGGGAAAUUGGUGUGUCCAGUUUGUCUAGGAACAGGACUGCCAAACAACAAGGGGCUUCUCCGGCGACCAGACGCCAAGAAGCUGCUCGACAAGAUGUACAACGGCAAGAUAUUGCCAGACUCGUAGAUCGUCUCUACAGAAUACAUGUGAGAUAUAGUAAUUGAUAGGAUUCGUAUGAGAUAUAUAGUCAGGCUCGGGAUGUUGCUCAACAUUCUCUCCUUUCUCCUGUAGUUCAAAUCAACGUUCUAAACUUAAUAGAUUCAUCACAGGAGCAUUACAUUAUUUAUUAUUUCAUCUCAAUCAUAAGAGCAUUGUAGCAAUUUUGCACGUUUCAGCAACAUAAUAACCGUUCUGAAGUCGUUCAAAACA